AUGGCCGCAGGCGGAGAGCUGGCGGCAACAGCAGCUGCAGUGCGGGGACAGUUUGCAACGUGUGCCCGUGGGGGAAGGACGACAUGGCGCAGGAUGGGCUUCUGGAGACUGAGCUUUUCACCCCGGUGGAUGAGAGCCUCUAGUCCAGCAGACGUGCUGAGCAUGGGGAGAAGGAGCUGUGACCGCCCCGUAUUUUGGCCUCAGAGCCAGAGUGCACCCUGUCGAAGGCAAAAAGGGGCGAAGUCGACACAAUGCCACUUGUCCACGAAGCGCUUCUUCCUCCCAUGCUCUGGCAGAGGCGUGCCGGGAGGAUACUGCGAACAGUUGCGCUUUUGUUGUUGGCUGUGGUGGCGGGGAGGGCGGAGGGGCAGACUCAACUGA